UGGGGCAGACAUGCCUACAAGCUGUCUGCUUGCAUGCCUUUGGUCGUCAUCUCCGACUGUCUUAGCGAUGCAGCUUGUCAUGGCUGCCUGUGAAUCCCACGAGCGUCUGUGGAACAUAUCUCCGCACACCAGCACCACUCCACUCCACACACCCACCGAACGACAUGGCACCUUUGCUGUUUCGAGCCAGUGCAAACGCUCAGACACACACUCGUUAGCAGCCACUCCAUGCUAGGCCGUCAGCAACAGAAGCAUACGUAGCGCACCCUUUCUGUAACAGCUUCUCUGCCGUGUCCUACUGCUUAUUGGCGAGCCGCGCCGUCAAACGCCCCGAGAAACAAAAGAAAUUCUUCCCGAGACGCGUUCAUGCACCGACUGUAGCUAAAGUUAGUCGUUCGGAACCACGGCCACAGAGGUCGUGCGUCUUCAAGUCGUGUUCCAUCAUUACAGGAGUGUCGUCGAUGCCUGACUGGGGUCCACUUAUUGCCUGAUCAGCCAUCCGAUGCUCGGCAGGUACAUGCACUAACGGUAGAAGCUACAUGCCCUAGAGAGCACUACUCCAAGCAUGUCUGAUAGAGACAUUUACUACAUACUACUUGUCAUAAUAGAAAAUCGCACCAAGACGAGCAA